AUGUUCCUCACUAUUCUGCAAAGUAAACUCAGAGCUAAACAUGGAAUGGAGAAUCAAAUGGAGACGGGAGAGCAUUUGACAACUAAAAAGAUCGAAAAUCUGAUGGAUGAAAAGGCAACUUUUGUUAAAAAUGUGUUUGAUAAUUUUAUGGUUUUUUGUGCUGAGGGGAAAAUUCAUAAAGGAAUCCGUUCAAAAACUGAUCUAGUAACGCAGCAGAUAAAAGCUCUUGAGCUUCCUUUUAAAAAUAUUCUCGAAUAUUUGGGAGGAGGUGAAAACAAAGAAAAUAAACUUGUAAAAGAGCUGGCGAAGAAGGAGAAGUCUAACAAAGUUCUCAACUCCUUAUAUGAAGUUCUCAAUUGGAAACUUAAUUCCAACUAUUUCUUGGGGGAAGCUUACAAAGCAGUGGAUCAGUUUGAUAGAGAAUUGAAAUUUUUGUUUGAUUUACUGGCAAACAAUGAGUUUUUGAUUGAAGAGUUUACUCCGAUUGAGAAAUUAGGUAAUAUAUCUUAUUUAAAUUCAAUGGGAUUUUUACAUGAUACUAAACCAGACUCAAGUAAAGCAGCUGGGCUAUAG